CGCAGCUUCUGCUCUCGGUCUCCUUUUGACGCCGUGGGGCAGUGAGAGUCCAUCAGAAAUUUCCCGCCGGCGCGGAACAUGCGCGCCACUUCCGGCCGGGCUCCUAACAACGGGGGAGGCUGGUAACCAGGGAGGGGGGGAUGGCGGAGCGGGCGCCGGAGCCCGAGGCGGAGGCGGAGGCUGAGGCGGGCGCAGGCGGGGAGGCGGCCGCCGAGGAGAGCGCUGCGGGCCGCAAGGCGCGGGGCCGGCCGCGGCUCACGGAGUCGGACCGGGCCCGGCGGCGGCUCGAGUCCCGGAAGAAGUACGACGUGAGGCGCGUGUACCUGGGCGAGGCGCACGGGCCCUGGGUGGACCUGCGGCGCCGCAGCGGCUGGAGCGACGCCAAGCUCGCUGCCUACCUCAUCUCGCUGGAGCGCGGCCAGCGUAGCGGCCGCCACGGGAAGCCUUGGGAGCAAGUCCCCAAAAAGCCAAAGCGGAAGAAAAGGCGGCGACGCAAUGUGAACUGCCUGAAGAACGUGGUGAUCUGGUAUGAGGACCACAAGCACCGCUGCCCCUACGAGCCGCACCUGGCUGAGCUGGACCCCACCUUUGGCCUGUACACCACGGCUGUGUGGCAGUGUGAAGCUGGGCACCGCUACUUCCAAGACCUGCACUCCCCACUGAAGCCGCUCAGCGACUCAGACCCAGAGAGUGACAAAGAUGGUGACAGAACUGAAUCCAAUUGUUGGACUGGCUGGUGUCCAGGAGGAGGGCGGUGUUUAACGCGGCCAGCCCGACCAAUACGCUGGGUGGGCAAUGGCCUGGUGGCCGGCAGCUCUGACUCGUCCAGUUCCGGCUCUGGCUCUGACUCCGAGGAGCCCCCCGAGGGCCAGCCAACCAAGGCGACAGUGGCCACGGCGGCAGUCACGCCCACCAGCCCAGCGGGCAGCAGUGGGCUCAUCACACAGGAGGGCAUGCACAUCCCCUUCGACGUCCACCACGUGGAGAGCCUGGCCGAGCAGGGCACCCCGCUAUGCCCCAACCCGGCCAGCAGCGGGCCAGAGGCCCUGGAGACAGUGGUGUGCGUGCCCGUGCCUGUACAAGUGGGCCCGGGCCCUGGCACCCUCUUUGAGAACGUGCCCCAGGAGGCACUGGGCGAGGUGGUGGCCAGCUGUCCCAUGCCAGGCAUGGUGCCCGGGUCGCAGGUGAUCAUCAUCGCUGGCCCCGGCUACGACGCCCUCACGGCCGAGGGCAUCCACCUCAACAUGGCAGCCAGCAACAGUGCUCCCGGAGGGGGCCUUGGCGAUGAGGUGCCCUGUGCCAUGAUGGAGGGCGUGGCUGCCUACACACAGACAGAGCCGGAGGGUGGCCCGCCCAGUACCAUGGACCCUGCUGCCAUGACAGGCAUUGAGACCAAGAAAGAGAAGGAGGACCUGUGCGUGCUCAAGAAGGAGGAGAAGGAGGAGCUGGUGGCCCCCGAGAUGGCCGAGCUGGCUGCGACGGUGCCUGAGAGCGCUGAGCCUGAGGCCGAGGCCGACGGGGAGGAGCUAGAGGGCAGCGACAUGUCCGCCAUUAUCUACGAGAUCCCCAAGGAGCCCGAGAAGAGGCGGCGGAGCAAGAGGUCGCGGGUGAUGGAUGCUGAUGGCCUGCUGGAGAUGUUCCACUGCCCCUACGAGGGCUGCAGCCAGGUCUAUGUGGCCCUCAGCAGCUUCCAGAACCACGUCAACCUCGUGCAUCGGAAAGGGAAGACCAAAGUGUGCCCUCAUCCUGGCUGCGGCAAGAAGUUCUAUUUAUCCAACCACCUGCGGCGGCACAUGAUCAUUCACUCAGGUGUCCGUGAAUUCACCUGCGAAACCUGCGGCAAGUCCUUUAAGAGGAAGAACCACCUGGAGGUACACCGGCGCACGCACACAGGCGAGACGCCUCUGCAGUGCGAGAUCUGUGGCUACCAGUGCCGACAGCGCGCAUCGCUCAACUGGCACAUGAAGAAGCACACGGCCGAGGUGCAGUACAACUUCACGUGUGAGCGCUGCGGGAAGCGCUUCGAGAAGCUGGACAGCGUCAAGUUCCACACGCUCAAAAGCCACCCGGACCACAAGCCCGCCUGAUCGGCCCCGACCGCUGAACGCCCCUAUUUAUUCGUCCGAUUGGACACCAUGCCCGGGCCUGUCAGGGCCGGGACAUCCGCCGGGGGCCGCCCGGACCGCGGGCCGGAAGGAGGCGCCCCUGCUCCGCUCUAGGGCUGGACCCCCGGGGCAGGUCCCCCACCCCCGCCCGAUUUCUGGAGCUGGCCCCUAGGGUUGCACUGCUGGAACUGUGUCAAGAGAGAAGAGCGAGAUUAAAGAGCAAGAAAGA